UACGCACGCACGAUGCGCCAGCGAAAGCGACCGCUCAUUGACACGCCAUUUACUUUUAGUGUGGGGAGAAAACGAAUCAGAGGGAAAGAGGAAUCCCACAUAUACGAAGUGAGCAUCUCUUCGUGUCUCUCUCUCACGUCACAAAGAACAUGAAGCUGACGGAGGAGUGGGGAGGGGAGAGGGAGUGAGCUUGUAAUCAGUCGAGUUCGCGUGUCAACUUCAGCUCCGAGCGAUACAAGGAAAUAGUCAAGGAAGUAGGAGCCGGUCGAAGGGUAGAAAAGGGUGAAAACUAAGAACGCGUUAAAGUACAACGGUGUAGUUGUACCUAAGUUUAAAGUCAGAUAUUGAGUUGAAAGGUUGGCUUGAGAUCCUCGACGGGUUAAUAAUCUGAAGUUGUCCAGAAAGUGAAAGAACAUUCAGAUUCAAAUUCCAUUUCAAAGGAACUCCAGGAAAUCAAGUGAGAAGAAAACAUCUGUUAGAUUGUAUCAAAAGAAACGGGAUGAGAAAGGAAGAACAACAGGAGACGGUGAGUUUCGAUGAAUCAGUAGUGAUAUCAGUAGCGGCACCUGCCGGUGCAAGUGGAUCACCGACGACGACGACGACGACAACAACGACGACGACGACGUCGACGGCGGCAACGGUGGCAGCGGCGACGACGACGACGAUGACGACGAUGACGACGAAGACGAUGUCGUCGCCGAAGAUGCCGGAUGGAGGCGCUUGCAGCGACGAGGACGAAGUCGAAGGAGGAGGUGGAGGUGUUAUAGGAGGUGGUAUAGGAAGUGGUAGCAAAAUGGGGAAUGAGGAUGAAGUGGAGGAGAUAGAGGGGAUGUUAGAAGAGGAGGAAGAGGAGGAUGAAGAGGUAGAGGAGGAGGAAGAGGAGGAUGAGGAAAGUGAAAGAGGUGAGGAGGAGGAAGAGGAAAGAGUAAAGCAGCAGGAGAACGGCAAUGGGAAGGGUGGAGAUUUCACGGCGCAGAAGACGGCUGGCGUUGGUGGUCUUUCGUUAGGCGAAAGUGGGGGUGGAGGCGGCAUGGGUGGCUUCUGGAGGCAAAGCAGACCCUCCAGUCCCCGCAUGCCGCCUCCGGAGCAGCGGGAGCAGAGGCCAAAGAGCCGACACGAUCCGGCCUUAGCGAGAUACAACAAUCUCGGUUAUUGGAGAGCUAGACGGGUUACUUUUUACAAAAAUGGCGAUCCCUAUUUUCCUGGGGUUGAAUUCAGGUUCAAACCAAGGCGCGAUAUCGGAUCAUUGGAAGCCCUGUUGGACAGAUUAUCUCUCCGUUUGGAUUUACCUAGAGGAGCUCGUUACAUAUUUUCGAUGGAUGGCGAUCGGAAAGUUAAUUUAGAUGAAUUAGAAGAUGGCGCUUCUUACGUCGUGUCAAGCUAUAAAACGUUCAAGCCGGCGAGCUAUGGAAAGAAAAGUAAUAACUGGUACACGACACCAACCAGUGGAGGUAGCAGAGGUGGAGUUAGUGGUAGCGGGACAGGAGGAACCGGAGGUUGGCAAAGUAGACCAGGAGCAGUAGCUAGUCUAAGUAGAAAGGCUUCGAUCACCGAAGAAGCACCACCACCAGGAGGUGGUAAGCCUUCGUCAGGUCGUGUCAUCCGAAUUGUAAAUAAUCAUGAUCAUACUGUUCAGUGCCGUGUUCUACUAAACCUUCGAACGUCUCAACCGUUCGAAGAAGUAUUAGAGGAUCUUGGCCAAGUUUUAAAAAUGAAUGGAGCUAAAAGGAUGUUUACUGUUUCGGGUCAAGAGGUAAGAAGUUUCUCGCAAUUGAGAAACGAAUUCGCCGAUAUAGAUACAUUUUAUUUGGGCACUGGCUCUACUAUGGGUAUAUCUGGUGCUAUAACAGCCUCUCCAACUAGAAGAUCAAGAUCACGUGGACCACCUACAGUGGUGGAAGAUCUUGGCCGUCAGAGACGAGCUCGAAGUAAAAGUAGACCUCGAGCACUCUACGCACCGGAUUCUGAAGUUGUUCGAGUUAAUGAUUACAGUGUCGUAGAAGUUUUAAGAGACGAACCUGUUAGAGUAACUAUCAGAGGUCUGAGAAGAUCAUUUUAUCCGCCAUCACGUUUGCCACCAGUUGAUAAUUCCCCGCCAGAUAAAAAAUUACAAUUAGAAUGGGUCUAUGGUUAUCGUGGUACAGAUACCCGUAGAAAUCUAUGGGUGUUACCAAGUGGAGAAUUAUUGUAUUAUGUUGCUGCAGUUGCAGUUCUCUUUGAUAGAGAAGAAAAUGCACAAAGACAUUAUAUUGGUCAUACCGAGGAUAUUACUUGCAUGGAAAUACAUCCUAGUAGAGAACUCGUAGCAUCUGGUCAAAGAGCUGGCAGGCAUCGAAAAGCACAACCUCAUGUUCGUAUUUGGUCAACGGAAACUCUUCUAACUCUUUAUGUUUUUGGAAUGACCGAAUUUCAAAUAGGAGUAUCAGCAUUGGCUUUCUCUCAAUUGAAUGGUGGUAGCUAUGUACUUGCUGUUGAUGCUGGAAGAGAAGCCAUUCUCUCGGUAUGGCAAUGGCAAUGGGGUCACUUAUUGGGUAAAGUCGCGACUAUGCAAGAAGAUUUAACAGGUGCAGCUUUUCAUCCAUUGGACGAUAAUUUAUUGAUAACGCACGGACGUGGACAUUUAACAUUUUGGAAUCGACGGAAAGACGGCUUUUUCGAACGGACUGAUAUUAUUAAACCUCCAUCGCGCACACAUGUGACGAGUAUUCAAUUCGAACAAGACGGUGACGUUAUCACGGCUGAUAGUGAUGGAUUUAUUACGGUAUAUUCGGUUGAUGCAGACGGUGCUUAUUUCGUUAGAAUGGAAUUUGAAGCUCAUAACAAAGGGAUCAGUUCUCUGGUAAUGUUGUCCGAAGGUACCUUGCUGUCUGGUGGUGAAAAAGAUCGCAAAAUUGCGGCGUGGGACUCUCUACAAAAUUACAAACGUAUUACCGACACGAAAUUACCGGAAUCAGCCGGAGGAGUUCGUAGUAUUUAUCCUCAACGGCCAGGAAGAAACGAUGGCAAUAUUUACGUUGGAACGACGAGAAAUAUUAUAUUGGAGGGAUCUUUACAAAGAAGAUUCAAUCAAGUAGUUUUUGGUCAUGGGAGACAAUUAUGGGGCCUUGCUGUGCAUCCAGAUGAUGAAGUUUUUGCCACAGCAGGUCAUGAUAAAAAUAUUGCACUUUGGCGAAGACAUAAAUUGUUAUGGACAACACAGGUUGGCUUUGAAUGCAUUUGCAUAGCAUUUCAUCCUUUUGGUGUAGCUUUAGCUGCGGGUUCAUCUGAUGGACAUUUGCUUGUCUUAGCAGCCGAUACAGGUGCUGCUGUAGCAACUUUAAGAGUUUGUGGAUCGCCUUUAUCAUGUAUUGGAUAUAAUCCAACCGCUGAAACCGUUGCGAUGGGCUCACAAAAUGGUAGUAUAUAUCUCUUCCGAGUAUCAAGGGACGGCUUUUCUUACAAAAAAAGUAACAAGAUACGUGGAACACAACCUUUGGUACAACUCGAUUGGAGUUCUGAUAACAGAUUUUUGCAAACGGUGACGCAGGACUAUGAUCUUGUUUUCUGGGAUGUAAAAGCACUUUCAUCUGAAAAAAGUCCAUUAGUUAUGAAAGAUGUUAAAUGGCAUACACAUAAUUGUACAGUAGGAUAUAUGGUCUCAGGUAUGUGGAAUAAUCGUUAUUACCCAUUGACAACGGUUCUCACCACGGCCUGUAGAUCAGCAGCACACGACAUGCUUGUGAGCGGAGACGCCGAAGGUUACUUAAGACUUUUUAGAUAUCCAUGCACCAGCGCAAAAGCGGAAUACGUCGAAGAGAAGGUUUACAGCUCGUUGGUAGCUUGUGCUAGAUUUUUGUACAAUGAUCGAAAUAUCGUUACCGUUGGAGGAACCGAUGCUGCCCUUAUGCUUUGGGAAUUAGUGGAUGAAUAAGAAUAUAUAUAUAUAUAAAUUAUAUAUAUAUAUAUAAAAAUUGUUAGAGUGAGAUCACAGGAGACAGACGAAUUCUAAUAUUUGAGGGAUAGAUCAUUUUUGUUAACUUUUUUUUUAGAUACUUCAUCUUUUUUUUUUUUUUCUUUUUUUUUAAUCACUUUCAAUAAAUGCAUGUCCAUUAUCAGAACUUUAGAUACCGAACUACUUAACGAACUUACAAACCACUUGACUCAGUGUUCAAUCUUUUUCUAUACCCAUCGUUAAACACAAACAGAAACAGAAUAAACAAAAAUUUGCAGUAAUGCAGUAUAAAUAUUAAUAAUAAUAAUAAUAAUUAACAUUUUCUUCGAGAAUUAUUGAAUUAAUGUAUUG